UUUUAAAUUAAAAAAAAAGGAACAAUGGCUUGAAAAACCUCAAAGUUAGGGUUUUGGAGUAGAAAGGAACAAUGGUGUUAUCAAACAAGAAGCUAAAGCAGAAGCUAAGAGUAGCAAAGGUACAAUCUUUACUCACAACUGACUGUAAUUCAAAGCAAUUACCAACUCAGAAUGGUACUUCAAGGCUUCAAGAGCUUUUAGAAGCAUCAAAACAGAGAUCAAAAACAGCCAAGAAGGAAAAAAGAAGAGAAAAGAUUCAACCUUUACAAGGAUUAGUUGAUACCCAAUUGGAAAAUAAUGGGGAAAAUAAGUUAGUUGAGGAGAAAAAUGAAAAGGGUUUGGUUGGUGAGGGUAAUGAUGGUGAAAAUAAUGAAGAAAAUAUUAAGAAGAAGAAGAAGAAGAGGAAGAGAGAUGACGGUGAAAGUAAAGAAAAUGGUGGAGUGGAAAAUGGUGAUAAUGGGGCGGUGAAGGAAACGAAAAAGGCGACGAAGAAAAAGAAUAAGAAGAAAAAGAGAAAAAGCAAGAAGGCUAAGAAUGUGGAGGUUAAAGAAGUAGGUGGUGAGGCAAAAGAUGCAGUUGAAGUAACUAAUGUAAUCAGUGAAAGUCAUAUAAAUGAGGAAUCUGCGACGAAAGUUUAUGUGGGAGGCAUUCCUUAUUACUCAACGGAGGAUGAUAUUCGAAGUUUCUUUGAGAGCUGUGGCACCAUAACUGAAAUUGAUUGUAUGACAUUUCCUGAUAGUGGGAAGUUUAGAGGAAUUGCUAUUAUUGGUUUCAAGACUGAAGCCGCAGCUGGACGGGCCUUGGCUCUUGAUGGAUCUGACAUGGGUGGAUUUUUUCUGAAAAUUCAACCAUACAAGAUGACUCGAAUGCCUCAAGCCAAAAAAGUGUCUGAUUUUGCCCCUACAAUAGUCGAGGGUUACAAUAGAAUCUAUGUCGGAAAUUUGUCAUGGGACAUAACUGAGAAAGACCUGAGGGAUUUUUUCUCAGAUUGCAAGAUAUCUUCAGUACGGUGGGGUACGGAUAAGGAAACUGGAGAAUUCCGGGGCUAUGGCCAUGUGGACUUUUCUGACAAUAUCUCAUUAUUGAUGGCAUUAAAGUUGGAUCAGCUGAUUGUAUGUGGACGAGCCAUCAAGAUAAGCUGUGCAGUUCCUUUAAAAAAAGGAGAAGCACAUUCAACUCCAGCUCCCAAAGCCACAGCACAUUCAACUCCGGCUCCCAUAGCCACAGCACAAUCAACUCCAGCUCCCAUAGCCACAUUUAAUGAAGCUGAUGAUGGUGGUUUGAGUGCAGUCAGCGGUAAGAUGAGGAGGAGGACCUGCUAUGAGUGUAAUCAGAAAGGUCAUGUUUCUACAGCUUGUCCGAACAAACUUGCAACUGCACCGACAUCCGCGGGUGAAGCGGCAUCUAGAGACAUUGGAGCUGAUAAUGAUGGGUUGAUCAUCAGGUCCUCCUCCGCAGCCACAGGUUAUGAGGCUUAUAACAAUGCUAGUGCAAGUAUUACUGCACCAAAAUACACCGAUAAUGAAGCCGAUAACAAUGGGGUGACUGUAAGCAGCGGUAAGAUGAGGAGGAGGACCUGCUAUGAGUGUAAUCAGAAAGGUCAUGUUUCUACAGCUUGUCCGAACAAACUUGCAACUGCAGUGACAACCAUGGGUCAAGCGGCUGAUAACAAUGCAAGUAUCGCGGCAUCCAGAGAGACCAGUAAUGCAGCCAAUAAUGAUGGGUUGAUUAUCAGGUCCUCCUCCUCAGCCACUGGUUAUGAGGCUGAUUACAAUGCUAGUGCAAGUAUUGCUGCACCCAAAGACACCGAUAAUGAAGCCGAUAACAAUGGGGUGACUGUAAGCAGUGGUAAGAUAAGGCGGCGGACUUGCUAUGAAUGUAAUCAGAGAGGUCAUAUUUCUACAGCUUGUCCAAACAAGAAAACAACCUAAACAAGUUCUAAUGCGAUUUAAGCAUUUAUGUAAUAGUCUUUGUGCUAUUUCAAAUUGCAUGAAGAGCCAUAUUAAUAUUCAUUGGGGUUGGAUGAGUCAUAGGCAGUCGCACAAUUUUGAGCUUUUGAGUUUUUAUUUGUCAAACCAUUUGGUUUAAAUACACACCGCUGUAAAACGUGAUCCUUUAAUGAAUUUAUUUAUUUUCCUUUUUCA